UUUCCCAUCUUCUCUCCUUAUUUCUCUCCCUCACUCCUAAAACUUAAAUUCACAUUUACAUAUAUUAGUUUUUUUUUCAUUUAUAUAUUUUCCUCUCAUCUCAGAUCUUCUUUCACCCUAGCUCUUCUCUUUUCCAUUGUUCUUUGGAUCAAGAAUCAAGUACUAUUGUCUUACAUAAUCGACAUAAGAGCUCUUAUGGACCAAGAUGGUCCGAACUACGAACCAGAAACGGUGCCGUGCAGCAACAGCAGUUGCAAGAGCAAGAUUGUUCCUGGAGAUGGAAGCAGCGGUCCGAAGAAAAUAAAAUCUCAGAAGACAAGAAAACGACGAGAAUUGAUGUCGUAUAGUGAGCUUCCGGAGUACAUGAAGGAUAACGAAUAUAUAUUGAAUUAUUACAGAGCUGAAUGGUCCAUUAGAGAUGCUUUCUUCAGCGUCUUCAGUUUCCACAAUGAGUCCCUCAACGUCUGGACACAUUUACUUGGUUUCAUUUUAUUUGUGGGACUAACCGUAGCUAACAUUAUGCAUCACGAUAAAUUCUUCCCCGUGGAUGCAAAGAGUCCAGGGAAUGUAACAAGAUGGCCAUUUUUCGUCUUCUUAGGAGGCUCAAUGUUCUGCCUUCUCUCAAGCAGUAUUUGCCACCUCUUCUGCUGCCACUCCAAAGACCUUAACGUCUUCCUCCUCCGCAUAGACUAUGCCGGUAUCACUGCCAUGAUCAUCACUUCUUUCUUCCCACCAAUCUACUACAUCUUCCAGUGCACUCCUCGUUGGUACUUCAUCUACCUCGCAGGCAUUACCUCUAUGGGAAUCUUUACGAUCAUCACACUCUUCACUCCAUCACUUUCCUCUCCCAAGUACCGAGGUUUUCGAGCUUUGCUCUUUGCCUCCAUGGGGCUUUUCGGGGUCGUGCCUGCUGUCCAUGCGAUAGUGGUCAACUGGGAAAACCCGCAAAGGAACGUGACACUCAUGUACGAGCUGGGCAUGGCAGUGUUCUAUCUUGUUGGGACAGGGUUCUAUGUAGGUAGAGUACCUGAGAGGCUUAAACCUGGAUGGUUUGACCGAGUAGGACAUAGUCAUCAGAUCUUCCAUGUGUUCGUUAUGUUGGGUGCUUUGUCCCACUAUGCAGCUGCUCUUCUGUUCUUAGACUGGCGCGACCAUGUUGGUUGUUAAACCAUGAUAUAUUUUGUAGUAGUUCUUUUGAAGAUUUUUUUUUUAAUUAUUAGUGUGUUUGUAUCAAACCCAUUCGUUGUUAAAUUAAAUUGUAAUUCGACUUGUGCUA